AUGGCAUCAUCCACCACCUCCUCACCAAUCCCCCCCUUCUACCGCCACUUCUUCGCCACCUUCGAGGUCCUCCUCAGCUCCAUAGGCAUCUACAUGACCAUCUGGGACCCCAUCCCCUUCCUCAACGGCAUCAAUCCCUCUUUCUCCGGCCCCAUCACGCCGGAAAUCGACAUGCUGCUCAUCAUGCUGGCCGGCUUCUACGCCAUGGCCCUGUUUCUGCAAGCUGUGCUGCUGCGGGCGCGGCCUGAUGACCUCGGAGUCUGGCGGACUUGGAUCGGCGGGUUGACCGUGGUGGAUAGCAUUAUGGUGCUGGGUAUGGUGAAAAUUAUGCCGGCCGUGGGCUUGGCGGAUUCGAGGGAUUGGAGGUGGGAAGCCGUUGCGGGCUUCAAUUUGACAUUCGUUUCCACAGAUCCGCAACCUGUCAAGAUCCUUGAUGAAAACGGACUAGAAGCCAUUAUCGCCGACGUCCCGCCAGCUGCUUCAACAAUGAAUGCGAAGACUUGCAACACCGAGCAAACAAAAUCACUCUUCAAAGACUCCACCUUCUUCCUUUUACUCUUCAUUUGGAUCGCACACGGCAUUGGUGGAUGGGGCACAUUCUCCGUCUUUCCCACCGUUAUCUACGAGCUUGGUAUAUGGGGAACGGCAAGGACUUAG